GGCCAGGAAGAAAACACCAGUCCUCGUUUUGUCCUCGGAGUUUGGAGACUUUCUGCGCCAGGACGCACGACUGGUAUGUUGGAUAGAUAGCAGCAGCAGGAGGAGAAGAAUAAGAAGAAGAAGGAGGAGGAGGAGGAGAAGAAGAAGAUGUCUUUCUUUGAUCUGGACUGUGUCAGGAAGAAAGAGACGGAGCUGGAGAGGAAGCUCCGAGCCAACGACAGAGAAUACAACCUGUCCUUUAGAUACGCAACGAACGCCAUCAGGACGUGCAAGUACAACUUCUUCACCUUCCUACCUCUCAACCUGUUUGAGCAAUUCCAGAGGAUCGCAAACGCCUACUUCCUUUUUCUGCUGGUGCUCCAGGUGAUUCCUGAGAUUUCCUCUCUGUCCUGGUUCACCACAGUCGUGCCUCUGGUCCUCGUGCUGUCGGUGACGGCAGCCAAAGAUGCUACCGAUGACAUCAAUCGUCACCGGAGCGACAAUCAAGUCAACACCCGAAAGGCCCAAGUUCUUAUUGAUAGAAAGCUGCGGAGCGAGAAGUGGAAGGACGUGCAGGUGGGCGACAUCAUCAAGCUGGAAAACAACCAGUUUGUCACUGCCGACCUCCUGUUGCUCUCCAGCAGUGAACCACUCAACCUGGUUUACAUCGAGACAGCAGAGCUCGACGGAGAAACCAACCUGAAGGUGAGGCAGGCUCUGCCCGUCACAGGAGACCUGGGGGACGACAUUGAAAAACUGGCUGACUUCAAUGGCGAGGUGCGAUGUGAAGCUCCCAACAAUCGCCUGGAUCGCUUCACGGGAACUCUGACCUACGCCGGGCAGAAGUACUCGCUGGACAACGAGAAGAUCCUGCUGCGCGGCUGCACCCUGAGGAACACCGAGUGGUGCUUCGGCCUGGUGCUGUUCGGAGGUCCAGAGACGAAGCUGAUGCAGAACUGUGGGAAGAGCACGUUCAAGAGAACCAGUAUCGAUCGUCUGAUGAACGUCCUCGUCCUCUGUAUCUUCGGCUUCCUCGCCUUCAUGUGCACCGUCCUGGCGAUAGGAAACUUGUUCUGGGAGAUGAACGAGGGCUCCCAGUUCACCGUCUUCCUGCCGAGGCAAAAGGACACCCAUGCCGGUUUCUCCGCCUUCCUCACCUUCUGGUCCUACGUCAUCAUCCUCAACACGGUGGUUCCCAUCUCGCUCUACGUCAGUGUGGAGAUCAUUCGGCUCGGGAACAGCUUCUACAUCGACUGGGACAGGAAGAUGUACUACGCUCGCAGCGACACCCCCGCCGAGGCUCGGACCACCACCCUGAACGAGGAGCUGGGUCAAAUCAAAUACAUCUUCAGUGACAAGACGGGGACGCUCACUCAGAAUAUCAUGACUUUCAACAAGUGCUCCAUCAAUGGCAAAUCCUACGGAGACGUGUUCGACUACUCCGGACAAAGACUAGAAGUUUCUGACCUGACGGAGAAGGUGGACUUCUCCUUCAACCCUCUGGCAGACCCCCGCUUCGUGUUCCACGACCACGCGCUGGUGGAGGCCGUGAAGCUGGAGAACCCGGAGGUCCAUGACUUCUUCAGGCUGCUGAGUCUCUGCCACACCGUCAUGGCUGAGGAGAAGAAGGAAGGCGAGCUGCUCUACCUGGCCCAGUCUCCAGAUGAGGGAGCUCUGGUAACAGCAGCCAGAAACUUUGGUUUCGUCUUCCGCUCUCGAACGCCGGACAGCGUUUCCAUCGUGGAAAUGGGUCGGCAGCGCAGCUACGAGCUCCUGAACAUCCUGGACUUCAACAACGUCCGCAAGAGGAUGUCUGUCAUAGUUCGGAGUCCGGAGGGGAAACUCUCUCUCUACUGUAAAGGUGCCGACACGAUCAUCUACGAGAGGCUGCAUCAGUCCUGCAGCAAACUGAUGGAAGUCACCACAGAGCAGCUGAACGAGUUCGCAGGCGAGGGUCUGCGGACGCUGGUGCUGGCCUACAAGGAUCUGGAUGAGGAGUAUUUCAACGAGUGGAAACAGCGGCAACAUGAGGCCAGCACGACGAUGGACGACCGGGAGGGAAAACUGGACCAGCUGUACGAGGAGAUCGAGAAGGAUCUGCUGCUGCUUGGAGCAACAGCCAUAGAAGACAAGUUACAGGACGGAGUCCCUCAGACUAUAGAGCAACUCUCCAAAGCCGACAUCAAAAUAUGGGUUUUGACUGGUGACAAGCAAGAAACGGCUGAAAACAUCGGUUUCUCGUGCAACCUGCUGCGAGAGGAGAUGAACGAGAUCUUCACCGUCUCAGGCAACUCCCCCGAGGACGUCCAAGAGGAACUGAGAAAGGCCCGAAUCUCCAUGAACCCAGAUGCAGUGGAUUCGGUGUUGCUGCCGGGAAGGAGUCUGGUGAAAGGAGUGAUGAUGGACGAGGAGGUGAACGGAGAACACGGCCUGGUCAUCAAUGGCCACAGCUUGGCUUACGCCCUGGAGCGCAGCCUGGAGCUGGAGUUCCUGCGCACGGCGUGCAUGUGUAAAGCAGUGAUCUGCUGCAGGGUGACUCCUCUGCAGAAGGCACAGGUGGUGGAGCUGGUCAAAAAGUACAAGCAGGUGGUGACACUGGCCAUCGGAGACGGAGCCAACGACGUGAGCAUGAUCAAAGCGGCUCACAUCGGCGUGGGCAUCUCGGGUCAGGAGGGGAUGCAGGCGGUGCUGUCCAGCGACUUCUCCUUCGCCCAGUUCAGUUUCCUGCAGCGCCUCCUGCUGGUGCACGGCCGCUGGUCCUACCUGCGCAUGUGCAAGUUCCUGCGCUACUUCUUCUAUAAGAACUUCACCUUCACCUUCGUCCACUUCUGGUACGCCUUCUUCUGCGGCUUCUCUGCACAGACAGUGUACGAUGAGUGGUUCAUCACACUUUACAACCUGGUGUACACAGCACUACCUGUGCUGGGGAUGAGUCUGUUUGAUCAGGAUGUGAACGACGUGUGGAGUUUCCAGCACCCUCAGCUCUACGUCCCCGGUCAACUCAACCUCUACUUCAGCAAGAAGGCCUUCUUCACAUGUGCCCUGCACAGCGGCUACAGCUCCCUGGUGCUCUUCUUCAUCCCCUACGCCGCCAUGCACAACACGGUGAGGGACGAUGGGAAGGACGUCGCCGACUACCAGUCCUUCGCCCUCCUCACCCAGACGUGUCUGCUGUUCGCCGUCAGCAUCCAGCUGGGGCUGGAGAUGUCUUACUGGACGGCGGUGAACACCUUCUUCGUUCUGGGAAGCCUGUUCAUGUACUUUGGCGUCACCUUCACCAUGUACAGUAACGGCAUGUUUCUCACGGUGCCAUCGGCUUUUCCCUUCAUAGGAACAGCCCGUAACUCUCUGAAUCAGCCCAACGUCUGGCUGACGAUCCUCAUCACCUCCACUCUGUGCGUCCUCCCCGUGAUCACCUACCGCUUCCUGUUGAUUCAGCUCUGCCCCACCAUCAAUGACAAGGUGAUGUUCAAGGUGAGACAGACCAAAGCGACUCCUCCCCCUCUUCCUCGCCGCGCCCGCAUCCGUCGCACCAGCACCCGCCGCUCAGGCUACGCCUUCUCGCAUGCGCAGGGCUACGGGGACCUGGUGACAUCAAGGCGCUUCCUGCGGCGUCCAGCUUUGUCGGGAUCUUCGAGUUUAGCAAACACGGGUCGCACUACCAUGGGCUUCAGUCCAAUGGGACGGUCGGCCGGAUACAGCCCGACGGGACGUCCCCAGAAUGUCAGGGUCCAGGAUGUGGAGGUGACGUCGCUUCAGAUGUACAGUACUAUCAGAGACCCCGCCCCCUGACGGACAGGGGAGAACAUCUGGGAGCAGGAACUGGACCAUGUGAAUGUCAGAAGUGUUUGAACUCACUUUUCUACUUUGGUUACCAUGAAGAGCUCUCUCAGACUUUUCCAGAGAAGUUCAUGUUGAAGAUUUUCCAAAGUCCAUCUCAUCUACACAGACACGGUUUGAGAAGCGUCUGCUCUGAACCUUUUAUUUUGUAAAAUAACGUGCUGGCUUUUAUUUUGUGUAAAGGAACUGCAGCAACAUGUGUAGCCUCCUCUGACGGAUCAACCGUGUUCAUGUCAAACACGUCUCCUGUAAGUGAGAGACAGAUGUGAAAUGACACUAGACACAUGUCUCCAGAUGUUUACAGACUCCUCAGCCUUUGCUAACCAGGAGAAUCCAGAUCCACAGCAGGGUUCUGGAAACAGGAAAUAACCAGCAGAGCCAUGUGGAAGGGGACACGCUCAUUUUUAUACCCUAAGUGUCUUUUCUUAAAACUCUGGAAGCUGAAUGAGCAGUCAGCACUUUGCCAGAUAAUAACCAAAUGUCCAAGAGUUUAUAAAAGUUGUUUUUCUCUGUGGCAGCAGGAUUCAGCUCCAGCAUUGUGGGACCAUCCAGCUUUAGGACUUUUAUUCAAACCGUAUGUUUUUUUUUCACUUCUUCUCUGAGCUGGAAGAAUUUUAUGAAACCCAAUGGACGAAUUUAUGAAGAUGAAACAUAACUGCAUGGCAGAAGAGCUUGAAUUACAUUAAUUAAAAAAAUGGGGUUUUUAAAUUAUAAUAAUUUAGCAUCAUUGCCACAAUGUAACGAGACAUACUUUAGAUUUUAAGCCUUUAUUUAAGCGAUGAAAAAAAAGCCAGUAUUACUGCAACAGAGAAGGGAAUUUAGCAUGAAAGUCUUCUGCUUGAUGUGGUUAUGGUGGAGCCUUAAAAAAACAACAACUAAAUAAAAAGAGACUAUUAUUGCCACUUAAAAGGAAAAGUCCUCGGAGGACAAUUCUAAUGUGUCAUUUAAAGGGAGAAUAUCACAAAAGCCGCCUCUUUAGUGGAGGAGGAAAUGUUUGGUAGCGGUCGACCGUGAGGUUGUCGUCGGUUACACCUGCGUGAUAUUCAAAGAGGUUUUAUACUUUCUCAAGAAACAAUGGGAUUGGUUGAAGAUUUUGGAUCCAGAGGGAGUGAAACUCCAGCGAGCACAGGUUGUUCUUGCUUUUUAAUCAUGUUUUCUUACUCUUUUAAUCAUUAAAUUAUGACUUUUAACUUCUGUAUCAAUAUGGCCCUUAUACUCCAUUUUAUGCCAAGUUAAUCAGCUCUUUAUAUAAAUCUUUUUGUAGAGAUUCUCCGUCGCCAAGUGAAAAACAUUUCUGCUCAAUAAUUCAAACCCCUGCAGGCAGAUGUUUUUAGAGGGAUCAUUACACCCCCACAUCCUCUAAACUUGUUUCUGCUCCGUGUAUUAAUACAACACUUUAUAGAACCAGUAUUUAACUUAUCUACCCAUAAAGCCUGUAUUUGAUUAAAGUAUCUUAUGCAGUGCAGUUUGUAAAAGAUUCAAGUCUGCAGUGCUGCACAUGGAGGCCUCCAGAUCAUGUUUGGAUCCAAUUACUGUCGCUCAGAACCUGCACCAGAUUGUGCCUCCCAUGCACCUUGAGUUUCUGCUUCAGCAGCUUUUAGCCUCUUGGUUUGAUCUUGCCUGCAAAUGUUGGAAACUAGAAAAGAAGAAUUCCCCCAUUAAACAGCAGAGAGGUGACCUGGCUGUGUAGUAACUCAUUUGCAGUGCAGACUUCAGAAUGUAAUGCAAAAUUCAAAAACACAGAAGCUGCCUUAAAUUUAAACGCAAAGGGAUUUAUUUCCCUUACAUGGAAACAAUAAUGACAAGAAUGUCAAGAAUGUAUAACAGAAAAUAAGCAAAUAAAAAAUCCUUGUAUGUAACAGUCAAGGUUAAGUGAUGAUUGUAUGUUAGGAAAGGAAACAUUAUUGUACAAGGUAAGUGUUUUUAUAUCAGCAGCUGGACAUAUGAGUCUUUAAUUUAUUAUGUGAUGUGUUGAGGUUUCUGAAAGACUCCAAAUGGAAUUGGUUCAAUAAUUGAACAAUAUUUGAUAUUUGCCCACAUUUAUUUUUUUUCUCUGUGCCUCAUUGUGUCCAUAUAUGCAACUUCUGGUUUUAUUCACUCACAGUUUAAAGGAAAUCAUUGCAACAGCCUGUUGGAGCAGGUUCAGUGUUUUUAUCUGAAUCUGAAUUAUUCUUUUUAAUGCUUUGUGUGUCACUGUUAACUCUAAACUGUUAAACAAUCGGAUGCUGGAGUUCAGUGUAUGUGAAGCUGGUUCACACCAACGACUGCUCCUUUCAUUUUGUACUGUAAAGUGUUCUUCAUGGGAAAUAUUUCAUAGUUUGAAUAUGCAGAAGAAAGUACAUGUUGUAGCAUCUUUUGUAAAAACUGUUGCUAGUUUUGUAGAUCGUCCGGUUUUGUGUCAGAUUUUCAUGUCACUGCAAACACACAAUCACAUGGGGGGG